GGCAGCAAGCUGAAGCCAGCAACAAGCAUUAAUGUCCGCCAUAUUCUGUGUGAGAAAUAUUCAAAAUCACAGUCCGCUCUGACCAAGCUCCAAGAAGGAGCCAAAUUCGAUGACGUGGCACGCGAGUUUUCCGAAGACAAGGCGAGACAAGGUGGUUCAUUAGGUUGGAAGGUCCGAGGUAGUUUAGAUCCAACCUUCGAAAAGGCCGCCUACGAGCUGGAGCCGAGCACAACUUCUUCUCCUAAAUAUGUCGAGGUGAAAACGGGUUUUGGAUACCAUAUCAUCAUGGUCGAAGGUCGAAAG